UGGCUUCCUGCAUUUGUUGUCGGCCAUCAACUGCAGCAGACUUUCUUUUCUUGUUUUACUUCUGUCAGCUUAGGAAGAGCGGCCUAAAUGUUUCCUGCCGAGCUCCUCUCAGAGUGUUAAUCUUUUACUCACUUUGUUUCUUGCAAGAACAGUGUGAGCAGAGAGGAGAUAAAUAAAAGUAGCACACAAAAAGAUAUGAAGAUUGUGACCCUGCACUUUGUGUUCAGGGGCAUGAGAAAAGGUUUCAUUAAAAAGGGAUUAUUUGGGACUCUGUUGACACUGAAAGAUAAAGUCUUUGCCCUCGUUCCAGCUCUCUCUCUCUCUCUCUCUCUCUCUUUCUGUCUCCCCCUCACUGUAGUUGUGCUGAGAGAAGCUCAGAGUGGAGCCCAGAUCCUAUUGUGGGCUAAUUAAAUCCCCACCUUCACUGACACCCCCGCCUUCCCCCCGCCUGGCUGACCAAAAAAAAAAGGGACUGUCCUGAGCCAGACGGCAUCCUCUUCCUCUUCCUCUUCCUCUUCCUCUACCUCCGUCCUCUGCCUCCUCAUGUCCCUGAGUGCGGAGAGGAGGUCAGGGCAUUCACACACGGCCUGGCGGUGGUGGUCACACGCUCCGUGACGGGGAGGAUGGGGCUCCAGAAGAGGCUGUUGCUCGGCGUGCUGACCGUCGGCUCCCUGCUGUGCGUCUACAUGGUGUCCAUGUCCAUGUCGCCCCCCAAGCACUUCCACAUCUUUAAACACGGAACCAGCAAGAGCGGCUCAUCAGACUCUAAGGAGCCUCUUGACUUGGAGACCAGCAGAGACCAGUGGACCCAUCCGCCCCCUGCCUCCACCUUUCACCCAGAGCUCUCCUCUGGAAUGGUUCGGCAUGAACACGCACCGACUCCAACUGUAAAGACUCAAACAUCCACGCCCGCUCCACACAUACCAGCAGAGAACAAUGCCCCGGAUGUCUCAAAGUCUAGGUCCGGGUCUGACGGGGCGAACAGGACGAGGAUCAAAGCGCUGGUCCUGCAACACCAGCUCACCCGCAGUCGGACCGACAGAGCCCCCUUCAUCGGAGACACCUACAUGAUUGAAGACAUCCCACCACAAACGGACUGCCCAGACGAUAUCCAAAGUCGGGUCACAAAGACAGAAUUUGGUGGAGCGUUUCUGAAAGACAUUCCGGUACUGCAGUGGGCCGAACACGUCACCCCUGAACAGCACCAGCGCCUGAGCCGCUACCCAGGAACACACGGCUGGGGGGGGGUCGAUUACAAGACGUUGGAGGAAACUCUGUCUGUCCUCAACUCUUCUGCUAACUGGAGGAUGUUUGACGACUGGAAGGAUCGCGGCGAUAAAUCGGAGUGUAUCCGCUGUGCUGUGGUGGGAAACGGGGGGAUCCUGAAGGAUUCAAAGAAAGGGAAGGAGAUCGACGGUCACCACUAUGUCUUCAGGACCAACGGGGCGAUCAUUAAGGGCUUUGAGGAAGACGUGGGGUCUCGCACCACCCACUACACCUUCUCCACCAACACGCUGAUGAACUCCAUGAAGAACUACGCCGGCGUAGGGUACAAAGGACCCCCUCUGUCCAGCGAAACCCGAUACGUGUUUCUGCCGGAUCACGACCGCGAUUAUCUGCUGAUGAAGGCUGCAGCCACACACACUCUAGUGAAGAGAGGACGUGACCUGUCCAAAGAUCCGUCCAAGUACUUCGGAGAGGACGUGUCGGCGGCCAAGCUGAAGAUGUACCACCCCGACUUCGUCCGUUACCUCAGGAACAGAUUCCUUCGUUCCAACACUCUGAAAACCAAAUAUAAGGACAUUUACCGUCCGUCAACGGGUGCCGUGAUGCUGCUGGCUGCGCUGCACACCUGCGACCAGGUGAGCGCGUAUGGCUUCAUGACGGAGGACUACAUGAAGUACUCGGACCACUACUACGACCAAAUCUUCCACCCGGUGGGCUUCUUCAUCAACCACGACCUGAAACUGGAGAUGAUUCUGUGGCAGAAGCUGCACAAGGCCAGCCUCAUACAACUCUACAUGCACAAGUGAAUUCAGGUUGAAUCCUGCCUGGUCUCUAAGACUCUCUGAACUGAGCAGAACACUUUUUUUAUUUUUAUUAUUGACAGCUGCAGUGAAUGUUCAGCAUGGAGAAUUUUUUUUUUUUUUUUUUUUUUUUUUUUUUUUAAAGUAUUUGUAUAAAUUAUUUUUAAAGAAAAACAUUUUGUUCUCCUAGAAAAAUGGGUCCAAACGUUCAAAACCAGACUAAAUUUGGUUAAAAAGAAUUUGAUCAAUAUUUCGUCGUCCACUUGGAUUCAGGCUGAAAUAAUUCAACAGCUAUAGAAUAUAUCCUGAUUUAUUAUUUUUAUCCUGCAUUCGUCUGGUUAAAACUUGAAUUAUGUUGAAUAUGUCUACAGUUCACUUUUAAUCUGUUUACAUUGAGGUAAAUCCUGUUAAAGUCCACAGAGCGCUCGUGUUCUGUGGACUUUGUGAGAGCAGCGUUGGAUUUAAGCACCACAGCGCCUUUAUUUGUUUGAGGUCACAGAAUAGUCGUGUCUUCGUUCCUCCUUUUUUAGGAGGAAUUUACGAGAUGCAAAGAGUUGAGGACUUGAACCAUGUUUUGUGAAAGAAGAAGCGAGAAAUGUCAUCAGUUUUUGAUUUUAUUGUAUUAUUUUGUACAGCUAACGUGACUGUCAAAGCAAUGAGCUUACAGAUUGUUUUAUUGAUUUUUAUUGAACUCUUCUAUAUAUUGUUUUACAACUUUAUAGACUUGAAUCUUAAUUUCAGUCCUGGUUUAUCUAGAAUUUCUAUUUAAGUGAAAACAAAAGCAUUGAGCUCAUAGCUCAGCAGUCUGGAGUCCAUACUGACUUAUUUUUCGGACUCGUGUGCAUAAUUCUAUUUUAAUUGUGUAAGAGAAACUGUAAUAAUAGCAUUUUUCCAGUAAUGUCACCACAGACACACCGUUCACACAACUGCAAACAUAUAAAUCUUGCUGUACUUUCAAUCACCGAUCCUUUCGGCAUAGAUGGCGGCUUAACGGACAUUUAUGUAAAUAGAGUCUUAGAGAUUGCAAUUUAAGGCACGCGCUCGACGUCUGCAUUGAAUCAUUUUUUUCACCCGUUAUUUACAUUUGAUCGCCACGUUUCCUAGCUCAGAGCGCGUCAUACAAUCAUUCUCUGGCUGAGUCACAGUCGUGUCUCGUUACCGUGAGAUACAGUGUGUUGACAAGAGAUAAGACUGCAAUCUGUUCGGCCGCUUUUCUUUAAAUAUCCUGUCCAACGCCUUAAAUACACGGUCUGAUCCCUGCUGGCAGUGACCAAGUCUAUUCUGACAUUUACUCAGAUUACAUUAUCUGUGUGUUUUACUGUGGAAGGUAACAAUAAGUGAUGAAAGAGCUCAUUGGGGAAAGGGGUAUUUAGUUUAAGGGACUUAAUUUAUUUGUUUUUUUUAAGCACACAAGUGUACUUUUUGUUCACAAGGUGCCACAGUGUGAUGAUGAGAACACCACGUCGGCUCCACUGGACUCUCAGUGCCUUUUUUCUUUAAAUGUGAAGUAGUUUGGUUGUUGUUGCUGAGGUGGACAUUUCUGAGAUGAUUCUGGACGUUUCCAUAACAACACAAAGGAGGAAGUCGUUGACAUUUUCACUCUGUUGUGGAUUUUCGCCAAGGACUCGUCUGGUGGAAUCUGGACACCUGGACUCGUCUCUGAACCGCAGCACCGACGGGCAAAAAAAUGUCUCCACUGAACCCAGAACUGGACUGAGGCAUCACGUCCUCCAUUUCAAUAUCAGAAUUAUUGUAAUAACAGCAAUGACGACACACUGUAGGUCUGAGAUGGAGGGGCGAGAAAAGAAACCAAAGACAAACUGCUAAUCAGGGACCAUUUCUAUUUAACAUUUCCUUUUUUUUUGUGCAACGUGGAAUCAAUACAUAUUCUGACAAAGUGAUACAGUUGACUGAAGUGUUGGGUUGUAUUCUAACAAACUGCAAACAGGGAAGGGGAAAACUUUAUAGUGCAAUUUCUGAUUUUGAACUUUUAAAAUCUGUAUAAACUGACCUGUGAUUUUAUCUCAGCUGGUUUGUGAGUCUUUCUUUCUUUGUUGUCUGGUCCCAUAAUUUAGUUUAA